CAACCAAACUGAGUCACCGUCUUCCCCGGCUCAUUUUCUGGCUUCGCACCACCAGGUAGGCGUCGCUCCUCAUCUCCUAGCCAGCGAGUUUCUCAGUCUCUAUCUCUCCAGGAACUCAGAGUCUCCGCCGAAGCAGUGAGUAUAUUACUGACUCACAAUUACUUUCCCGGCGGCAAUUGGUCGGUCGGCAAGUAACGACGUGUCUGAGGGUUAAAGCUUUGAGUGAAUUGUUUUUUUUUUUGUGAGGUUUUGAUUAUAUAAACUAGUAAUGGCAACGGCGACGUAUCCACCACCUCCGGCGUAUUAUAGACUAUACAAGGAUUACCUGCAAAACCCUGAAUCGGCUCCUGAGCCACCGCCUCCUAUUGAAGGAACUUACGUUUCCUUUGGUUGCAAUUACACAACUGAUGAUGUUCUUCCGAGCUUAGAAGAGCAAGGCGUGCGCCAGCUGUACCCAAAAGGGUCAGAUGUUGAUUAUAAGAAGGAGCUGAAGUCGCUUAAUAGGGAAUUGCAACUACAUAUUCUCGAGCUUGCUGAUGUUCUUGUUGAGAGGCCAUCACAAUAUGCAAGGAGAGUGGAGGAUAUAUCCCUUAUAUUCAAGAAUUUGCAUCACCUUCUGAAUUCUUUGCGUCCCCAUCAGGCUAGAGCAACGCUUAUUCAUAUUCUAGAACUUCAGAUACAGCAUCGUAAACAAGCUGUGGAGGAUAUUAAGAGGAGGAGAGAAGAAGCACAAAGACUUCUGAAGGAGUCUCUUGUAACAUUUGACGCCCAGUGAUCGCUGUAGUACAUACAAUUUGUAGCAACCUUUUUUUGUUGCGGUACAUUUUCACAUAGUCGAUCCCCGACCAAUGUCAUUUAAGUUGUCAAACCUAAUCUUUCUCCGUUCUCGUUAGCGUUUAUGUUUUGCAUUUUAGAGUACUCUUUGUUUAAUGCAUUAUCAAAACCUGUUUAAAAGAAUUCAGACCUGUUCA